AACGGUGGAGUACGAACUACACGGUACGGUUUUGUUGUACGCUGACGAGUUUUUUUUUUUUUUUUUUACAGUUCGAUUUUCUACUUCCUUCAGUCUGUUUUUUCGAAGAAGUUUUUCGUUUUUUUUUUCUGUUACCUCAAAUGAACCGCACCAAUGUUUAUCGAAUUUAAUUUGUGUAUUACCAUCAGUAAUUAUUGUAUGUGUUCGAUUAUGGUUCGUUUAUCAAUGCGGGACAUAUUUUAACGUCAUUUCCGCGUUGUGCGUUCGGCGUACCUUUACUUACUAUAACCUGUUUAGUAUUUAAAGGCGCCGCCAUCAUGGACGCUACUGUUUAUCCGGAUUCCGACGAACCAAAACAAAAAUGUCUAUCCAAGUCAGAGUAUAACGAAAUGGUUGACUGGAUAGACUCUUUGAUCAAAAACAACCAUGAUUUUAUUUUAAACCGGUAUGGCCUUUUGGCCUCAAACACACUCAGCAGAUACUCCCACUUACAUAAAAAUACUGUACUAAGUAUUAUCGAUGGUCGAAUUCAACAAUACGUUCGGUUUCGUCAUCAUAAGGUCUUUUCAAAUACUUCUAAUGCUAAUUCCCCUUCACACUCUUCAGCAACAUCUAGAAUUUCUGCUACAGCAAAAUCUAAGCUACUAUCUAAUCAUCGUCAGCAAGACCAUAUUAAUAAACAAUUAAUCAAUUCUACAAAAACAAUGAAUGAGAGGUACAAGGAAUUAGUAGCCAAUGGUACUGUAUCAUCUCCAUUAAUCGCAUUAGCUGAUAAACUGCGUAUGCCAGCUAUGUUGGUUGCAAAAGUUGUACUCGCCGAUCAGAUAAAAGAAGAAAAAUUGAAACAGAAACUUGAUCUGCAACAUUCUAACAAUGACGACAGUUUAAAUAGUAGCAUUGAUACAAGUGGUGUAUCAAAUGCUAGUAACUUUCAAAAUGAUAGUUUUACUGAGUCAAAACAGAAUGUAAGCAUCAACGACUCGACAGCUAAAGAAUUGGAUAUUUCAAAUAGUAUUGAUGAACAGUUAUCCAAACAGUUAAACUGGCUCACCUGUAAACUACGCUCAAUGCAUAAAUCUGAAUUAGCAUUAAAUCAAUCUGAUAAUAGCUUGACUAAUACUAGUCAUUCAUACAAUAUGCCGCCACCAACUAAUCAUACACCUCAUCAAUUGGCCAUGUCUACUUGGUUGAUACGUAAAGAUCCACAGUUGGCUUAUGAAGUAUUUAAAUCUUCUGUUGUUGAUGGUUAUUAUGGAUCAUGUGUCGAAUUUAUCAAAAGCUGCAAUGGCAAGCGCUUUGAACAAAUUUUAAAACAAAAUAUGACGGGUUUGACCAAAUCUCAGACGAACAGACCAGAAAGAAAUUAUACAACUGAAAAGGAAUGUCGUCUUCGUGGUUUGGAUAUGACGCCUGAUGUGGUUCUUAACGAACCUAUUGCCAUUUCUCUAUCUGACGUUGACAAUACAAAAUAUGAUCAAGAAUAUACUGCAACUAAUUAUGUUGGAGGUAAUGAAAAUGAAAUUAGAGUGCUCAAUUGGAUAGAGUCAAAAGCAAUGUUUGGUGGUCCAGAUCAAUUACGUAAAGCUACUCAAGGCCAAUUAUUUCCUUACUGGAAUCGUUAUGGUCCUGGAGCUGUAAUUUAUUGGUUUGGACAUAUUUUGGAAGAUAACGGAAAACAUCAUGGUGUCCAUGCUGGUGUUUCAAUAAACAAAUAUAAUACAGACAUCACUUCAACAAGCAUUACUUCACCAUCUAAAACUGAUUUAGCAGAAUUGUCUGCAUUCAAUUUUUGGUCAAAAUAUUGUUUAUUAAUGGACGGAUUUCCUGCCUCUAAUAAAAUUGUUAUGCAUAACCAUCAACAUGGUUUAAAAAAGAAAAACUCAACUACAGUACAAUGACAGUUUAAUUAUUUAUACAAAGUAAAACAAUAAAGUACAAUUUUUAAAAAAUAAACACACUAUUUUGUAAUA